AUGGAUCCCUCACCACAGGCGGGCUCAAGCAGUGUCACCGUCGAAUAUACCGACCCCUCCGGCUUGUUCCCUCUCGUCCAACCUGUUCUUGCGAACAAACUACCCCUGAAGAACCUCCACUGGAAGUCGCCCACCCGCCCCGUUCGAUCCAUCGAGUCCCUCCGCAUCGGCUUUGUCCCUGCCCAGAAUGAGGCCAACGAGCGCGAAUCCUCCGGCGAUAGCGCAGUGCCGCAUCGACGUCACCAAAUCCCCGGCCUCCGUCAGACUCCCUAUUUAAAGAUCUUCCUCUUACGGUGCGAUGAUAAUGAUACCUACAAAUCGACUUCCAGGAAGGCAUUGCGCGAAUGGAUCAAAUCUCAUGCCUCGAUGUCGCAGUCCACCACAAGCCAGGAGAAACAUGACGCAUGUGAAUGGUUGAUUUUACAUGUUGUGCAAGACGGAGAUGGCGCGGAAAAGGCUAUGCCAUCGUCCAAGUGGGGUCGCGCCACUACGACGGUCCUGGAGAAGGUCAAGGCUGAUUUCAAUGGCACCUCGAAGUCUGCCGUGGACCGGGUAGCUCAGUUGCGUCUACCUAAGCAGGGAACCACGCAGAAACCACCUGAUUUGGCUGACCAGCUGGAGGACUUGAUCGAGAAGAUCAAGAAUGGCAUUCUCGCAUCUUUCGAUCUUCGCGUGGCACAAUACGAAGAGGAUAUCAAGGAGAAAGAUUCCCAGAGAAGUCUGCCCGGAUGGAACUUUUGCACUUUUUUUAUCUUGAAGGAGGGUCUUGCGCGAGGUUUCGAAAAUGUAGGGUUGUUUGACGAUGCGCUCCUGGGAUACGAUGAACUUUCUAUCGGACUGGAUACUGCGAUUGAUGAACAACUUGAGGGCAGCGGCGAGCCUCACGGUAGUACCUUUUUGAUGCACACCGAGGAUUGGCAGAAGAAGGCUAAGGCGGCCUUGGAAUCCCCAGUAGCUCCGAAGGACGAGGAAGAUGAAGAGCCAACCCCGAUUCCCGAGCUCGACGUGGACGAUUUCCCCAUCGACUCGAACAAGAAGGCCUACCGGGAGAUGAUCCUAGGAAGCAAUAUCUCUAUUUUCGAUUUCCGUAUAUACAUUUUCUCGCGACAACUAACUUUACUCCUCAGGGCGGCGAAGGCUCCCUCGCUACUCAAUAAGGAGCCCGAUGCCGGUCAAACACGAGCCAAUACGAUUAAGAAGCCCGAAAACUUGAUGCUUCUUUCAGAGAUUUGCGAAAGAGCGACGGAGUUCAUUAGCUUUUCUGCACGCAACCUCAGAUGCGAUCUAGAAUCGGGGCUUGCCGAUGUAGACAAUGCCGGAAAAGCGGAGGUUAUCAAUAAUCUGGUGUCAUCUUGGGCAUACGCUGCUGCAUCGCAGAUUUUAUCACAAACAUCCACGCCGACACUCACUCUCCCAGAGUCAUCUUUGCAUGCUAUCACUUCCCCAGCAGACACUGCUCGAGACUUCAGACCAGAGUUACCCCGGCGCAGCAGUUCACUGGUCAGCCCACCCAAGACCCGUCCCGGUCGCUCCAAUACGGAUAUUCUAUCCCCAGAUGCACUGUCUUCUGUUCAUUCUGGACUAGGCCAAGGGAUAGCAAAACUCGCGCUCGCUCCGGCUCCGAAGACCGGGUCUGAACAGUUAGCUUCCGCCAGGGGGGAGUUGCUGCUCAUGGCUCGCCGAGUGAUGGAAGAGAUUGCUGGGCGUUGUGGAUGGAGGGAGAAGUGGGAUGAUCUCGGCUUACUCUUUGAUAGUGAAAGUGCUGGCAAUAGUGAUAUGACGGAAGUCUCUCUAGAUGACGGGAUAUCGCAGUCAGCAGAAAAGCCUCAAACGACCCAUUAUCUUUCGGGGAUCGAACUGCCCCGGUUGAAGGCUGCUCUUCGCUCAAGAAAGUCCUUCCGCUCACACUUCGAAGAGCUAACGGAUGAUAUGUAUCGCCACCACAUCACGGCAAACCGUACGUAUUCCGCACAAAUGGCCCUUGCGGACAUGGCCCUCGUGAGGUUCCGGCAGAGCGACUACGGUGCAGCAGCCUCCUAUUUUCACCAAAUUACUCCUUUUUACGGCAGCAAACGGUGGACUAUCCUGGAGGGUGUGAUGCUAGAGAUGUACGCGCGAUGCUUGAAGGAAUUGCAACGAAGUGAGGAGUAUGUUCGGAUGUCCCUUCGACUCCUUGCGAAGUUCGCCUCCCAUAAGCAGUCGUGUCUGUCGACGCGGCAGAAGACCCUUGAUGCGUCGUCAAUAUUUGCAGAAGAGGAAUUAGUCUCACAAUAUAUUGAGGAGUUGUUCGAGGCCUCCGAUGCGCUACAGAAAGAGGUUACGGCCCCUUUGACUGAUUUCUUCGCGGAUUUGCAUGUUAAACCUGCUAUUAUCCAUUAUAACGAUAAGGACGGAUUUCAGCUACAGCUUUCAUUACGAUUCCUCCUAGGAAAGCGAAUUGAGGUUGACUCGAUGAAAAUCCGGCUCGUCGGGACCGAAGGCAGUCAAAGCAAUGAACAUUGGCUGGAGUUAUCCUCUAAGACAACUAUCAAGUCAUCGUCGACGAAGAUCCUGGUCGAUUCUUCAAUGACACUGCAAGGGAAAUACUACGUUGACCGGGUUGAAAUGCGAGCCGGUAGCAUCCUUUUCACAUCCGGGAGUGGGAAUCAUUCAGUCCUCCCCUUAGGAUUCAGAGAAGCAGUAGACGCCGAAGAAGAUAGUCGACCGUAUAUCUACUGCUACCCCCCACCCAAGGGACUUCAAGCGAAAAUCGUGUCGCCUCAUCUUGUGAAUCUUGAAGAAAUGCGGACGCUUGAACUAGAACUCGGUAGUGGGUGGAAUGACAUCAAGAGCGCUACUCUUCGAGUGAGGCCCGCCACUGCAGGGCUCCGCCUGCGGAUCGCUGAAGCCGAAGUAGUGGAAGGCGACAUCAAGAUUAGUGCCAACAGCGAAACAGGGUAUAUCGAGUUCUCUCAAUUAGGACCUAACUCUUUCGUCCGGUUCAGGAUUCCGUACACGACGGAGGAGCAUCACCCGACGCUCUCCGCACGUGCAGAGGUCGGAUAUGAGACGACAAACGGACGGUUCUCGUACUCCUCUCUACACAGCAUCGUGUCAGGCUUACCCAUCAGUGUCAACGUUCAGGAUACCUUCAAGGACCAGGUACUGUUUUCUCGAUUCACGGUCAGCCCGGCUAUGAUGAUCCCUCUUCGCAUCCUCAAAUGCAGCAUACCGAGUUCGGAUGUCUAUCAAGUCCAGUCUAAUAUCGGUGACUCGGUCGCGAUGAACAUCUUUCCCAAACAGCCCGCGUCCUUACUCUACAAGAUACAACAGCGGGAGGAAGCUGUAAUGUCACCUGGUUCGAGACGCUCACUGCGUCUCAGCGUUGAUUUUACCUGCGUGGACGACGAAUGUUUGAACGCGGUUGAGAGAACCUUUAAAGAAAGCAUCGCAGCCAGUGAAUACCAGCAAUAUAGUACCCUCCUAACAUCGCACAUUGUCGACACGUUUCGCACCCAGCUGUCAACUUCUGACAUGGAAGUCAUCGGUCUCGUCCGAGAGGUGGAAACACUUCCCUAUUCCAGUGUCAAGUGGGAAAUGCUUCUAAGUGCGCUGAAGGAACCACUAGACGGAUUGAAAACAUGGCUCCAGGAGUGGCACCGAAAUCACCCUAUCAUCGGCCUUCCAGAACAGCCAUCAAUCCCCCGCCGACACAUCAUCAUCCCCGUAGAUAUUCCCGAGAUUCAGGUGGUGCAUACUGCCGAGCUGCGGCUCUGCAAUCUCGCCGACCAACCCCCACACGCCGCGGUCGGGCAGAUGAUCGCAGCCGAGCUCAGCCUACGUCAUACGCGCAGAUGGUGUUCGCCCGAAAAUCGCGAGAAUGCGGGAGGCCCGCUCGAAUUCUCGUACGAAAUCCACGCGAACCCAGAGCUCUGGCUCGUCGGCGGUCGUCGACGAGGUAACUUCACCGCGGACGAAGGGGAGACCAAGACCUUUGCUGUGAUGCUUCUUCCGCAGAAGGCGGGACAUCUCCUUCUCCCAGGACUCGAAAUCAAGACUUUCGUGCCCGUAUCGUCGACCCCACCGCCGAAGCCACCUGCGCCUGCCACUGGCCCCGCAGGAGCAGCGCCGGUCCUGCAGAGACGACAGAUUGCAUGUGAGGUCGACUACCGCAAUCACGGGGAGACCGUCUUGGUAUUGCCGGAUCUACGAAGCACGACGGUCAGUCUCAGCCUGUCGGGAGGAAACCAUGGCGCGGCGUGGUUGAUCGAUUCGGAACGAAGGGUUCUUGCAUGA